AUGGCGAAAAUAGGAGUAGCAUUUUCUGGUGGAGGAAUUCGGUCAGCGGCUUUCUGUUCAGGCGUCCUGCGGAGACUGCUUCAAAAGAACGUGGAGAUAGACUACUUAAGCUGCGUGUCAGGAGGCGGUUUCACGGGAUCUGCUUACAUGGAUUGGAAAUACAGACAUGAUAAAAAGGAUGACAAGAAAUGGCAUCAGGAAUUUUUCAACCACCUGAGGCAAGAAGCAGGGUUAAUCUGUCAUUGGCAAAGGCCAUGUAAGGCGAUCCUGGAAUUCAUGGCCUUUCUUGCAGUUGUUGUCUAUGUGUCUGUUAUUGUACCUGUGCUUAUCUUGGCUUCUAUGGCGUUUCCUUUGGCUUAUGUCAUAGACUUCUUAUUUGGUAGGAUUCUCAGAGGUGCUGAUCUGUCAUGUCCCCAAGAAGUACAACGAAACCCAAAGAUGACUUUGCAACAGUGCAGGGAAGAGCGAAGGUCGCCAAACGCAAUUCAUGAUCAAUUUUUACUGUUCAUUACACCCAUAUUUGUUGCUUUGGUAUCUAAUGUUCUUAAAAGGUGUAUUCCAAAGUCGAAGGGACUUUUCAAAUUUGUUUCUAUUUUUUGUGUAAUCUUCUUCGCACUGGUCUUUUUUCCCUGGUUCAUACAGGAUUUUCUUCGUGUUCUUCCAAAUUGGAUGAAAAUCCUUCUUAUUUUCUCACUGUUUUUCGUGUGGAUUUCUUUCCCUCUCAACCGCUCAAUCGCCACACUAAUGCUUGGUGUAUACGUUAUUUCGUUUGUUGUUUUUUGGCGAGUCUACAAGGAGGACGCGUUAGGUGUUAAAUAUGACAAAAAGAGUUUUGAUUUGCUCCUGGAAAUAUCAGUACUUUUAAACUGGAUUGGUCCUCUGAUGGUUACCAUUCAACAACGCCUAGGACACCUAUAUGCAAGGUAAGAUUCCCCGGCAAAAGACAAUUAAUUAGCAAUUAAUGAAUGAGGCUGAGUAUCUUAUGAAGAAUUAUGGAGAUCGAGGCGGGUGUUAUCCGUCGAGGUCGUAGGCCGAGGCAGAUAACACCCGCCGAGAUCUCCAUAAUUCUUCAUAUGAUACGAAAGACAUGCCAUGUUUUUAGCCAUAAUUUCGCCUAGUUCUUACCCUUGAAACGAGUGCAAUGUCCGUUUUCACAACCAAAACAACUGAACCUCGUCCUCAGGUCUUCUCGGUUAAAGGUGCCUUAACCUAGAAGAACGCUGCAUCUUUGACGUCAUUUCCUCGGUAAACACAAAAUUCUUCCAAAUUUGGUCAUCAGUAACUGGUUAUGGUGAAUUAUGCCUGUGCUUUUAGCCAAUUAGAAUCGGGGAAAUAUUUUAAAAGAAUAAUAAUUGAACUUAUUUUGAGGACCUGCUCAGUCAGUCGUCAUGAAACUAUCACAUAACUUAACUGAAUUUUCUAAGCUUUACUAAGAGUAAUUAAGACUUGGAUUAGUAAGUAAGUAAGUAAUCUUAUUUAAUCAGGGUAGCCCGUUCAGCAACGAGGCUGGUAUCCAUAGCGGCCCCGAGAAAUAAAAAAGUAUACUAUUUAAAAAUUCCUAAGGUAUAUACAUGAUUAAAAUAAAUAACAAAACUGUAAAAAAAUCUAGCAAGGUCAAUAUUAAAAGUGUGUGCUAAGUGAUAACAACUUAAAAUUAUGAGGUGAAAUACUUGGUCAGCAUAUUUUUAAAACUAUUUACAGACGUGGCACUUUUAGCAUAAUUGAGUGAAUAACUGAAAUAAACAGCCCCUGCAUACUUAACAGUUCUUUUGCCCGUGUUACGUUUAGGCUUUGGUGGGUGCAGGUCGUUGCUUCUCCUAGUUGCAUGAUCGUGCAAAUCCGCAUUCCUUGUAAAAUAUUACGUAAAAUACUUGGGUACUAGAUUAUUUAAACACUUAAAAACUAGAGUGCAUUUAUAAAGGAUUAAAUUAACUGCAAAAACCGUGGACGAAGAUCCUGCUAGUUGUAAACGUUGGAUCUCUGUUGCAUUUAUGCAUUUGUCUUCUGGAAGCUAGAUUUAACCAGUUUAGUACAUAGAAAGUGUCAUUUGAGGUGGUGUAACUCUUUGCAACACCCCUCUGAGGCUUCCCCCACGCAACGUCAACACCAAUCCCAUUUAAAUCCCAGAACAUCCUGGGUUCAAAUUUACUCCAACCAAAAGAAGAUUAAGUGCAUCUCACAUACAAAAUAUUAAAGCAAGAGUUGAAACCCGCCCUCCCAAGCUACACAAUUUACUCCGAGUCUCUUCCCCCUUCCAUCCCUGACAUUUUAUGGGCCUCCCCCCCUCCCCCGAGCUUCGCGAGUUUCUGCGAUAAACGUAUUUCUAGUUAGGUGAAAUCGUGCGUGUUCUGUCCCCGUAGGUCUGCGCCAUUGUUAAGACACUAACCUUGAUUGUUCAAACAGUAUCAUAUCAUGCAAUUAGAUGGACAUACAGUCACCUCACUCUUAACAGUGGUGUCUAUCAAGAACGGACGCCUCCUUAAACGGAAACUAUAAGAACAUAUGUUAGAACUGGCCCCUGCCCGGUUCUUUAAUUUAGUCAUUUUCUUUGACCCUCUCUAAGCCAGACACUUAGCUAUAGUGGUGGUUAAAAUAGGCUGUGUUGACAGUAUAUUUUAAUUAGCAAAACGUCAACAGUGAGUCACCUUGGGCUCUCAAUUUCCCUGUGUGCUUCAGGCAUUUGGUCUUUAUGUUUAAGGAAUAGUGGGCGGUCCCACAAUUAGACUUGAACGGAGAAACUCAGGCAGUGCAGGAAAAGCUAGUGACCUCUGGCACCCUAAUCUUUGCCGUACUUCGUAAGAGGAGUUCAUGUCAUUUUCGCGGUCCAUGUUUUCUUCUUGGUAGGUGGGUAAUCCAGAAGGCAUUUUUCUAUCCAAAGACAGUGGGAAAGUGUGGAUGCGAGGGAAUCAGUUGGCGAAACCUUUUCCUUUACUGUCCAACCUGCUGUGAGGAGCCACAGGGUAAAAUAACAAAUAUAAGACCUACCAAAGCUUUAACUUUAGAUGAUUUAGAUGAGAUUACACCAACGUACAUUGGAUGCAUAACGAGUAACCACUGGAGACGCACCUCUUCCCCCAAAGAGCCUCACUAUGAAGUCUUUACAAUGAGUUCGGAGAGUAUUGAGCGUCUUGACCGCCCUCAGAGCGAGGAAGAACUUCUUGGAAAACUGAUGCCUGUCGAUGUGUAUCUUUCUGAUGUGGCAGCCACAUCCGCGUCGGCCCUCAACUAUCACAUGGGAAGCAUGCAGGGCGAUGAAGAACCGUUCAAAGAUUUUAAAGUACUGCUUGGGUUGUCACUUGGUACAUCAAUCGUUUCUGAUGAAAAACACGAGAAAAAGAGGCCAUUCUGUGUUCAGGUGAGGAAUCUCAUGUAACAACACAUUCAACUAUUUUUAUCAAGGACAGAAACCAAUCACCCGAAAGCGUCCAUCUCUUACUAAAGGUGGGCGGUAGAUCUUGUUAGGUUCUCGGGGUAUUCAUAAAUUUAUCUAUCACACCAAACAAUUCUCAAUUUAUAUAAUUAUGCUAGAUUAAACAUCCCUGUAUAUCCUGAGUUUGUCGAGGAACAGGCAAAUGAAGAAGGGAACUUAACAUCGAUAAAGGUAUAUGAGCAUACUUUAGCUUGUUUUUAAACUGUGAAAUAGUUUGAAUAAAUAAUAAAACAAUUAUUGGAUAAGGCUCUUGUGUGAUCUGAAGAAUUAUGCAGAGAACAUACUCAGCCUCAUCCAGUAAUUGCUUAUUAUUUUCAUCAAUAUUCGACUGUAACAUGACAAGGCAUUAGUUUUUUUUUUUUCUAGUUAAUCCAUAGCCUGUCCCAGGCUCCGAGAUAGUUGGGUCCGUGAAAUUGAGAAAGCGCGGACGCUAAAAAUAAAACAGUAGAGAGAUUAGGGAGAGGAAGGGAGACCCUUUUGCCCAGAUCACGUGCCUUACAGUUACGCGUCAUCCCUACUAUCUGGUAGCCUGGAACAGGCUAUUUCAACCCAAAAAACCGGCCUGAAAACUAGCUUAUAUUCAUUAAUACAUUUUUAGCCAACACACCAAGGAUUUCGCGUUUACAUUAUUUCUUUCUUUACAGAUUCUGCCUUUCUUGGUGGAGAUGCUCCGUGGACUUCCGUUGAUAGUUUUGUUUGCAGCUUACCUAUAUACUGGCAAUGGCCUUUAUAUUUUAGUGGGUUUUCUCGUAUCAUUUUCCUCUGGGAUCCUUUUUUCACUAAUGGCGCUAGUACCUACAGGGAGUAAGCAUCGUGGGAGAAUGGAGCGAAUCGCCAGGUAAGAAUGAUUUUUUCUGGUGUGUGCCUUAAAUCGUCAUAUUUGCCUUUUUUAAAGCAGGAAACAAAUUUUUCAAAAAUUUUUUGCCUGUAAGAAAACCCAGAGCUAUAUAUUAGUAAUCCACACUCAAGUGAUUCGCUUUGCAAGGGCAAAAACGUCUUCAAGGGAGAUUAAGAGCAAGACGUGUAGCAGUUUUUAAGGCUGUAUCUUGUAAUCUACAGUUUUUCAGGCGAGCGAAGGCAAGAGCGAAGCAAGCGAGAAGCUCGAGACACGUGCGACGUCGCGCAUAUCUCUCGUGCUCUACGUCCUCUUCGCGUUUGCCUCCGCUCGCCUGAAAAACGCAAUAAAAACAAACGUCUGUUAUGCAGGCCAUGUGUAGAAUAGUGUUUCAACAAGUGUUGCGUUGUUCAACACUGGUGGUCACUAAAGUUGAGAGAUGUUCAACUUUCAUAGCCUGCGUUGCAGCCGUCCCAUUUUUCGUCUAGGCUAAGUUUUGAGUAAAAGCCCUUGAAUGCAGAGGUCCACUCAACGCGUAAAUAAAACCGACUGGUUUCUCAUUGCCGGAUCUCCAAUGUAGAGAUGCUAGAGCUAGACGUCACUUGAAGUGAAAAUUAAAACUUAACUAAAUACAAGGCUGAAUACGGCAAAGUGCUGAUUUAUUUGGGGUCAAUAUUUCAGCUCACAAAAUUAGCCUUCCUCAGGGCCAGAGCUACACUGAAAGAAAAUUCUGUGAAAGAAAAUUUGUUCUCUUCAAGGAUGGGUGAAACUAAACGCACGUUUCGUGAACGCUUGAAUUAACCCUAUUCGGAGCGGGGGGGGUACUUUUGAUUCUCCCCUCGCUAAAAAGUUGAAUAACUUCAAAACCAAUAAAUUCAGUGAUGUGACUCAUAAUGACGUCAUAUUACGUCAUUGUGUCAAUCAGGUUAUACAAAGAAAUUGGAAAUGAUGAGUACAUUUCUGUGUGUAAUUUUGGCGAUCGUAGGAUGAGCUGUUUUGAAGUUAUAGAGGGGGAGCCUCCAUGGGUCCCCCUGUCACAGGAAGCAAAAAACCCGGUCUCAGUAGGUUUAAAGAACAUAGGCAACGAACAAUCCACUCCACGCUAAAGCCACUCCUAGCCUCAGCCACAAGUUGCUCCAAAUUUUCUUAAAAGUUGCCAGAAGUUGCUCGAGACAAAUGAAUAGAGGCAAAAUUCUUUCACCAGAUGGUUUAACCGCAAGGACGAACUUUGAACCGUGCCUUAUCAAUCACUUUAUUGUAUGAUUAUUUACUUAUCUAUAAUCAUGCUAUCUAUUGUUCUCAUUUUUAGUUAUUCGUUAACCACUUAAGUAAAUUUAAAUUCAAAUCUUAGGAGCCGUUGUAGAAUUUUUUUUUUCAGUGUACCUCUGGCCCUGAGGAAGGCUAACUUUGUUAGCCGAAUAUCAGCCUUAAAUAAAUCAGCCCUUUGCGGUACUGCCAGCCUUGCAUUCAGUUUUGUUUUAUGUUUAGAGUGUUUACGACGCAGGCUAAAUUUUCGUUGAUGACGACCGGAUCGGAAUUACUUCCGGUUGUCGCUUUGCAGAGAGAUGACAAUCGGGCAUACGUCUGCAUUCGCAGAUCAAAGGCCAAAGGAAUGAAUGACUCCAACAAUAAGUGAACUAACUAUUAUCUAACUGCAACGUUUUGACAGAUGGUUUGCUAUCAACAUCUCUAUUGUCACUUACGUGCGCAACGUGCUACAAGUUACCAACCAAGGUCCCAAUCCUCCAGCGGUUAUAUAUCUGAGUGACGGCGGCCAUAUUGAAAACCUUGGUAUUCUGCCUUUGCUAAAGAAGAGACUGAAGAAAAUUGUAUCCAUAGAUGGAGGACAGACCAUCCUAGACGAAGAUUAUGGGAGUAUUCUUUUAGAAGCUUUAAAUAUGGCGAGAAAGAAGCUGGACUGUUCAUUUUCGGGAAUGGAUGGACGAGAUAUUGCUGAAGACAUUCGAGAGAAGUUUGUGGAGAGACGUCCUGGAUCACAGCCAUCUAGCUAUAGGUUCGUAAUAAAACUGAUAGCUGAAUGCUUACAUUAGCGGGAUAUAGUUGGAGAGGUUGACUCAAUGUACCUUUAAUGAAACCAAGUAAACAAGCCAAGAGAAGCGAAUGUCUGCCGCGCGCUUUGUCACAACACAGCAUUUAUCUUCGUUACAUACGACUCACAGAUAACGCGCGGCAAACAAAUCGGCAAUAGAAAAAAACUUUUUGGAAAAAUAAGGUACACACUGAGUGAAACAAACUAUUAAGUUAUAUAAUCAGUCCCCACCCUCUCUCAACAUCUUCAUACCCCCUUCUCUAUAUGAAAUGACCUUUUGGCCUUAUUCAUGUUCUCUCCAUACAAAUAUUAUAAAAAAGCGAAUCACCACAACUUCAUUUCAACACACUGAAACUAUACUAUCCCUUUAUAACCAAAUUAGCACUUCCACAACUACCUCACUGCAACACCUAAAAUCACAAAACAAUUUUUUUUUUGUUAUAUAUACUUCAUUUAACAUUCUACGAGAAACAAGUUUCAUUGAUUAACAAACUAUAGUCAUUAUCUUUACCAAUUAAUGUCCAAUAUACGUUCACGCCUUGCCCUUCAUUCAUCUGCACCGCCUAGAUAUACAACGCUACUGCAUUACUCACACAUCCCUAAGACACAUAAAAAAAUUCUCACACGCCUAGUAUACGACGCCCAAAUGUACGCUCCCGUUUUGUAUACAUUUCGUACCCGUCGAUGCACGACCGCGACAUAAAACUUCCUUCUUUUUUUGUUUUUUUAAUUAUUAUUCUAAACUUAGAUGCGGUCCUUUCAGAUUCAACCCCAGAAAAUUUCGCCAACAUUUGACAAAUUAAAGGCAACUGAAUAUGGUCGACGAAGUUUGACACAGCGCGAAUUCACUUUUUAAGUGACGUUUUCGAUAUGUUGUCAUCCAGAAAUUUUGCUACCUUGGUAACGUGACAUAACGUCACUUCUCCUAUCUAUUGAACACAUCUCAUGAAAACUAUUUUCCUGAAAAGUGAUUCCUGUCUGCAGAAAGUGCAAGGCUUCACUGAGAGUGAUGGAUAGUAUAAUUUAAAGCAUCGUUAAUGUUACCAUCUAAUAUCUUUUUUUGCCACCCAAUUCGCCAGAUUUAAGGUGCAAUAUUACCAGAAAAAUAGCAACGGGGAAGGAAAGACCAAGGUUGGAGAAGGUGAAGUUCUCUACAUUGUCUCAAGACAUCCUAGCAAAGCUGCGGCGAAAACCAAACAGUAUGUAACCUGGGAGGACGCACUGCGUGACAUUAAGGUCGAACUGCCCACGGAUCAAUGGGGAACUGGGCCCGAAUUAAAGGCCGAAGAGGCUGACCGACUGACGUUUGGUUGCUGCGAAUGCUGCCAUGGAAACACAUGCCGUGGUUUCUCUGAAGCGAUGUGCGGGGCUUUUCCACAACAUUCAACGGGGAAUCAGUUUUUCACUCCAACCAUGUUUUCAGCGUAUCACAGGGAAGGUUACCGUGCAAGUAUGGAAGCUAAAGUAGAGGAGUUUCUGAAUGAGGAAUCCAACUCUUCCCAAUCAACGGCAUUCAUAGUCUAA